GAUUGGUGGGUUGGGGGCCGGGCCUGGGCCGGCGGGGAGCGGAUUGGUCGGAAAGUAGGUUAGUGGUGCGACAUUUAGGGAAGGCAGAAAGUAGGUCAGGGACGGAGGUGCCUGUUUACUGGAGUGGGGCUCGCAGUUGCCUCCUCCUCUGCCACCGCCGAGCUCCAGCCGCCGCCGCGGAAACUGAGGAGAGCUGGGGCCCCGGACCGCGCGCCCUCCGGGCAGCUCGCCCGCCCACGGAUACAGUGGUAUUUCAACUCCCAUGAUGGCCCUGAUUCUUAUACAGAGCAACUUGGGAACAAGACUGAAAAUGCCCUGUGAGUCUGGAAAUUGAGAUGACAUUUGCUCACCCUGAGUUUUAUAGCCACUUCUCUUCACCAUUCUUCCUGAGUUUUUGAAAAAAGAUGAAGAUCACCAGCAAUCCUGACUGCCAGUUCUUUCAGUACCCAGCAAUGUGUUUCAUCUAGAUUUGGUGACUUGAUCACAUCAAGAACAGCCAGAAUUCUGUGAGAAGUUUAUGGACUGGAAAAUAAGAGGAUAUGAGAAAAGCCUUUAGGUGACAAGCACAAGGUGGAGACCUGGUUCCUAGUAUAAAUCUGAAUUUCAAAAAACAUUUUCAGUUAGGCAUCUCUUAAUGCCAUUCUUUGGGCCAUCAUUACAUUGGUUAGACCAACUCUGAAGAAUUUAUGAGGUUAUGAACAGGAGUUACACAGGAUGAAACAUCAGAUGGAUUGAAAUCCUCAUUACUGGUAGAAGUAUUCAUGUAGAGCCAUGAUUCAUACAAGAGGCUCUACAAUGUUCUGGGACUUGAUAUCAUUUGCAAAGAGGAGCAUUUCCAGGACCUCACCUUCUAGAGGGAAUUCCUCUUUGUUUUAGGCUCUGCAUUGGACAUCCUCUGUGACCGUAGUAAAUAUCUUUGAAUAUUCAAUGGCUGACCAGAGAAUGGACAUUUCUUCUACAAUUAGUGAUUUUAUGUCACCAGGUCCCACUGACCUCAUCUCUAGCUCUCUUAAUGCUACUGGGAUGGAUUGUAAUCGAAAAAGGAAAGGCAGUUCAACUGAUUAUCAACUCGAUGGCUUUUCUUUUGAAGAAAGUAUGGAUACAGACAAAGAUGACCAGCAUGGAAGGUUGGAAUACCCAGACCAGCAAGGCAGAAUCAGAAAUGCCAGGGAAGCUCACAGUCAGAUUGAAAAAAGACGCCGAGAUAAAAUGAACAGUUUUAUUGAUGAACUAGCUUCUUUGGUACCAACAUGCAAUGCAAUGUCCAGAAAGUUGGAUAAACUUACUGUGUUAAGAAUGGCUGUUCAACAUAUGAAAACAUUAAGAGGUGCCACCAACCCAUAUACAGAAGCAAACUACAAACCUACUUUUCUGUCAGAUGAUGAGCUAAAACAUCUCAUUCUCAGGGCGGCAGAUGGAUUUCUCUUUGUCGUUGGAUGUGACAGAGGAAAGAUACUAUUUGUUUCGGAGUCUGUUUUUAAAAUUCUCAACUAUAGCCAGAAUGAUCUAAUUGGUCAGAGUUUGUUUGACUACCUACAUCCUAAAGAUAUUGCCAAAGUUAAGGAACAACUGUCUUCUUCAGAUACUGCUCCAAGAGAAAGACUAAUAGAUGCAAAAACUGGACUUCCAGUUAAGACAGAUAUAACCCCUGGGCCAUCAAGACUAUGUUCUGGUGCCAGACGUUCAUUCUUCUGUAGGAUGAAAUGUAAUAGGCCUUCAGUUAAAGUUGAAGAGAAAGAUUUCCCUUCAACCUGUUCAAAGAAAAAAGCAGACCGAAAAAGCUUCUGCACCAUCCAUAGCACGGGAUAUUUAAAAAGCUGGCCACCCACAAAAAUGGGCCUGGAUGAGGACAAUGAACCAGAUAAUGAAGGCUGUAACCUCAGCUGCCUUGUAGCAAUUGGACGGUUACAUUCUCAUGUCGUUCCACAGCCAGUGAAUGGGGAAAUCAGGGUGAAAUCUACAGAAUAUGUUUCUCGCCAUGCAAUUGAUGGGAAAUUUGUUUUUGUGGACCAGAGGGCAACAGCAAUUCUGGCGUAUUUACCCCAAGAACUUCUAGGUACUUCGUGUUAUGAAUAUUUUCACCAAGAUGACAUAGGGCACCUUGCAGAAUGUCAUAGGCAAGUUUUACAGACAAGAGAAAAAAUUACAACUAAUUGCUAUAAAUUUAAAAUCAAAGAUGGUUCUUUCAUCACAUUGAGAAGUCGCUGGUUCAGUUUCAUGAACCCUUGGACGAAGGAGGUAGAAUAUAUUGUCUCAACCAACACUGUCGUAUCAGCCAACGUACUAGAAAGCGGGGACCCAAGUUUCCCACAGCUCACAGCUUCUCCCCACAGCAUGGAUAGCAUACUGCCCUCUGGAGAAGGUGGACAGAAGAGGAGCCAUCCUACUGUUCCUGGAAUUCCAGGUGGAACAAGAGCUGGUGCAGGAAAAAUUGGUCGAAUGAUUGCAGAAGAGAUCAUGGAGAUACACAGGAUAAGAGGGUCAUCACCCUCUAGCUGUGGUUCCAGCCCAUUGAACAUCACAAGCACGCCUCCCCCUGAUGCAUCCUCCCCAGGAGGCAAAAAGAUUUUAAAUGGAGGAACUCCAGACAUUCCUUCUGCUGGUCUCCUCCCAGGGCAGAUUCAAGAUAACCCUGGUUAUCCAUAUUCCGACAGUUCCUCUAUUCUCGGUGAGAAUACCCAUGUUGGUAUAGACAUGAUUGAUAACGACCAAGGUUCCAGCAGCCCCAGUAACGACGAAGCAGCCAUGGCAGUCAUCAUGAGCCUCUUAGAAGCAGAUGCUGGUCUUGGUGGCCCUGUGGAUUUCAGUGACUUACCUUGGCCACUUUAAACAUCAUUUUACUGCACAGUUGCUUCAGCAACAUCUGCAGUAUCAAAGUGCAUUAUUGGUGGAGUUUGACCGUCUGUGAAGCUUCUUGGAUAAAGAGAUAAAAGCUUUUAUGUUCAAACUUCAUAAAAGCCAUCUCAAAGCCAUUGAUACAAGUCAAUCCUACUAUGUGUAACUUAAGACAAAGUGGAACUAAAACCGCUACAGUGUUUCUGCAUCAUUGAUUAUUGAGCUAGCUGUGAAUAGCUUGCAUUAAUUGUAUAUUUUGGAUUCUGUUCGUGUUGAAUUUUUAAAUCAUUGUGCACAGAAGCAUCAUUGGUAGCUUUUAUAUGCAAACAAACAGUCAUUUCAGAUGUAUGGUGUUUUUACACUACAAAGAGGUCCCCCAUGUGGACAUUUCUUAUACUAAUUGUAUCAUAAAGCUGUUUAUUCUUUCUUGUAAGAAUCCUUUACUAUAAAUAUGGGUUAAAGUGUAAUGUAUUAGACAGUUAAAUAUUUUUAAAAUAAAUGUUUCCUUUGUUCUAUAAAA